CGAGAUUUCCUUCGCUCGGGCCACUCACGAGUGCAUGCGUUUUGUUCUUCUCUUGUGUCCUCGUCCUGGUCUCAACCCUUGGAGAGAGAAGAGAUGUAGAUUGUCCGCUUGAUCACAAAGCCCAUCAGUCUGGAUUAAGGUUUCAUGAAGUGAAAUUCGCAAGUUUGUGACUACACGGGUUAAAAAACGUGCAGUAGCAGCAGCGCAGAAAAAUGAUACGCUCAACUUCAAACCAUCUCACUGUGGAGCUUAUGCUCGGAUGGAUGCUGUGUGCAGCUAUUGCAGCUUCUGCAAUAUCAUGGCACCGCAAUUCUCCUGAAAUAUAUGCCCAGUCCCCCAGCCGUCUCUUUUAUAAAAAUCCCCGAAACGUCCCAUCCGACUUAUGCCCUCGGGAUGAAGCACAAGCUCAAUUGCAAGGAAGGACUUGUCUUAGAAAGUGCACAAACGACGAAGACUGCAAAAGUAAACGGAAGAAAUGCAUGUGCGACGGAGCUUGUGGUCUCAGUUGUGUCAAACCAGAGCGAGAAUGUAACGAUCCAGAAAGUCCGCUGGAACUUGGAGAAGUUCACGCAAAUGGGAAAUUCUUUGGGUCUAAAGCAACGUAUUCAUGCCCUGAUGGAUUUAAGGUUAUCGGGAUGGAGGAGAGGGUGUGCCAGGCGGAUGGAUCGUGGAGUGGAACAGCUCCCUCGUGCCAAAAAAAUACCUUUUGCACAUCGCCCCCAAUAAUUGAGCAUGCGAGACAUAAUGGUCCUCUUGAUCAGAAGACCUUCGACCUGGAUUUCUCCCUUCAAUAUCAAUGUCUUCCGGGCUACAUCACCAAAGGUUUUGCAAGAACGAAAUGCUUUUUAUACAACGGAACUGCAAAAUGGUUUGGUCCGGACAUUACUUGUGAACCGAAAAGUUGUGGAGAGCCUCAAGACAUUUUAAAUGGACGUCGUGAAGGAGAAUGCGUUCACGUAGGGUGUGAAAUGACUUACGUUUGCCAACCUGGUUUUGACCUGGUUGGGCGUCAAAAACAUACUUGUCAGUCUGAUGGGACCUGGACUCCAAAAGAUUUGCCGACUUGCGUCCCCGUGCAAUGUCCAAUUCCGGAGAACCCUGGAAAUGGGAAUGUCGAGUAUUCGUCACUUUCUUUCAACUCUGUUAUAACUUACAAAUGCAAGUAUGGUUACAUGUUGGUUGGAGAUGGAACACGAAGGUGUGGUCCAAACAAGAGAUGGUCAGGUUCGGACAUUCAGUGCAAAGAGAUCAAUUGCGGUGAAAUCAACAAUGGCUAUCUUCACAACGGAUGGAUGGAAAAUCAUGAUCAUGGGACGGCCCUAGGCGCCUCCAUCAUAUUCCGAUGCUACGACGGCAUGACGCUGGUCGGCAACACCUCGACCGUUUGCAGCAUCGAUGGACAGUGGAGAUACCCACCACCUCUCUGUCUUGCCCCCUGUAAAGUUCCUAUAAUUCCUUUUGGAAAUGUGACGAUGAAGGAUGAAUCUGAACCUACGUUGCCUCCCCCCACAACUGCACCACUCCCUCCAGACAGCACAAAUCUAACUACUGUGCCACCAAUCAAGGAAAUCAUUCUAAAACCUGGAACGACAAUAGCUCAUGGAAAAUCAAUCGGUGUCAAAUGCGAAACUCAUUAUGAAGCUUCACAUCUAAUUUCACCACCAGCUUGUCACAAUGGCUCGUGGUCACAUGCUCCAAAAUGCCAACCAGCUCGGUGUAAAAAUCUUCCCAAAGCUCCACGCCAUGGGAUGGUCAUAGCACCAAAAACUGAGCACGGGAUGAAAGCACGGUUCACUUGCAGAGACGGCUAUGUUCUGCUUGGAAACAAUGUGACGGAAUGCCAGUAUGGGAACUGGGUUGGGGAACCUCCAGUUUGCAACCAAACUUUCUGCAAAUUCCCCGGAGUCAUACCGAAUGGUCGAGUUUUGCUCGUGGGCAACAUGGGUCUCUACGAUUACAGGAACUAUGUCACAAAGGUGGCAAACAAUCGUCAGAUUAUGUUUGACUGUGAGAAGGGAUAUGUCCUUGCAGAUGGGCCACCAGGAAAAACUUGUAUAAAGGCCGAAUGGUCCCCGAAAGCGGAAACACCAAGGUGCAUUGCAUCUCAACAUCCAAACUUUCGCUGGGUACGAUCUGUACGAUCUGCAAGAUCCAUUCGGAGAAAGCGAAAAGCUGGUGCAAAACAGGCCGGAAGUGCUGCAAUGCGAAAUAAGCAAUUUGGUGGAAGAGGUGGGGACGGUGGGGGAAAAAGGGGUUCAAGGAAACACCACAAAGUGGAAGGAGAAGAUGAGGACGACUAUGAGGAAGCUCCAUCGGUUUGUUCGGGACUUGAUCAUGAUCCCUACAUUCAAAAAGAGACUAUCCAAGCUGGUGAAGAUAUAAAUCAAACAUAUUCUCAUGGUUCAGUCGUUCGAGUCAGUUGUACCCACGGCUUUGGGGUGAACCUCCCGAACGAAACAAUCAAAUGCGUGCAGGGUCGGUGGAAACCAAAGCUGCCGCAAUGCAGUGCAUUACCUUGCAAAGUACCCUACUUAAUUCAUGGAACGUUCUACGAGAAGACCAAGGGACUUGUGUUCAUGGACUUGAUAAAACAUGGAAUUGCAAUUGAAUUGAAAUGCACCAAGGGUUAUGCUCUCCGAGGGCCUAGCAAGCUCGUAUGCUGGUAUGGAGAGUUCGACGUGGGAGACCCAAGUCCCGAGUGUGUUCCAGCUCCGUGCAAACUCCCAUCACUCAACUAUGGGACGUACGAGAAGGGGUACAGAUCCGGUAUGCAUGUCACUCAUGGAACGGAAAUGGAUUAUACGUGCGAUGGGGAUUUUAGAAAAAUAAGUGCUGGAACUACAACCUGCAUCUUAGGUGAUUUUAGACCCAGUCGACCAGCAUGCUUUCACCCGUCAAACAUGGGAAAUAACACUUUGCAUGGUGGAUACAAUGAGUACAACGUGGACAACGGGGACAAGAAAAAUAAAAAGUUGGAUAAAGAGACAAUGAAAAAUGUGUACAAUGGGAUUAAGCGAGCAUGUGGAUCGCCUCCCAGAGAAAGGGGGGCUGUUUCAUUUGUCGAAGGAAGGCCUGUCGAUUAUUCAAUGGAUUUCAGCUUUCCGGACGGCAUAGAUAUCCAGUACAGAUGUAUUAAUGUCAAACCUAAAGUUAAAAAUCGUUGGCGAGUUGCAUGCAAUGACGGAGUUUGGACAACUAAUGCAAACCACACAAGCUGUGAACCAGCGAAUGGAACGGAAUUUGAUAUUGACGAGCUACUUCAAAUGAUCAAUGGUUCCUGUAAAUACAAAAAUUUGGACAAAUACGUCGCAACAUUCUUCACAGACCGUCAAGUCGGCAGCGGUGAUGCAGAGUUUCCUACUGGGACAGUCCUUACUUCUCGAUGCGUGGACAUUGGAAAGUUUCGUCUAAAAGGAUCCGUACGGAGAAGGUGUGUUUCUGGUCAGUGGUUGGGAAUUACUCCAAAGUGUGAAGGCCUGAGCCAAUUUUAUGAUUAUGCUCUUGGAAAACCACCCACGAUACUCUUCAGAUACGAAAACGGCUCGAUUAUUCAAAGUAACGAUGGGAAACUUCUUAUCUUUGAGGGCACUACUUUGCACAUGGAAUGUCUCUGGAUACGGAAGUUUGGAACUCCUAAAUGGGAAACUUCAAAUACACACAGGGAAUAUCAAGAAGGAUGGGCCGAGUUGCCAGGAAGAAAUAGAGACCUAGAAUACCGUCUCACGAUUGACAACGCACAGAUCGAGGAUUCUGGAACAUACCGAUGCUCAACCCCCGCAAGAUAUACUCACGAAGUUAACAUUGAGGUUACAAAGACUCAUUGCAGUCCUCUCCCAGAAAGUUCAGCCUUGAUUUAUUCCACCAACAGCUCUGCGUUGGGGGCUGUGGUGUCAUUCGAGUGCCAGGGUGGUAACAGCGUCGUUGGUGCUCAAGAAUUGACUUGCCUACCCUCGGCAAACUGGAGUGGGGUCUUACCAAAAUGUGAAAACGUAGAAUGCCAAGACAUUUCUCUCCUACCUGCAAUGGCACCAAUGGCGUAUCCUUCACGCAACUCCACCUACAAGAAGAAUGAGACGGCACCACCCAAAAUCUCUAUCGUGAGCUUGGACGUGGGAGGGAAGGCACUAUUUACGUGUCCACAAGGUUAUGUCGCUGAUGGUGCUGCUGAUGCUACGUGCCAAUCAAACGGGAAAUGGUCAAAUCCACUUCCAAUUUGCAAGGAGGUGGAAUGUCCUAAUCCAUCCCCACCAGACAACGGGUUCGUGACUGGAAAACCACCGUAUAAAGCUGGCGACUUGGCUCAAUUUGAAUGUCAUCCCAACUACAUGAUGGAGGGUCAGCCCAUCAUUGCUUGCCAGGAUAAUGGAAAAUGGUCCAGAGCUGUUGGAAUAAAAUGCGUUGUGAGCUGUCACUAUCCGGGCACGACGAUUGGGGGCACUAUUUCAAAAGUCAAGUUCUACUAUGCGAUCGGAGAAACUGUCGAGUUUGACUGCACCGACGAAUAUGAAUUGCAUGGAACCCGAAUGCUCCAUUGUCAAAAGAACGGCAAAUGGUCUAACACGGUCCCAACAUGUGCAGUGAAAAAUGGAAAUGCAUAUCGCCGUGUAAUAGAAUCGGACGAAGGAAAGAAUCCAGUAUCAAAAUAAGUUGGAUCAACAACGAUAAUACAUGAUAAUAAUCUGGCAUGCAUUGCAAAAGCAAUAACAAAAAAAACAUACAUUCAAUUGUCAAAUUUUUAUUAUGUAGUCAGCCAGUUGAGUUUAGCUCAAGGGCUACAAAUAUAAACUUCUCACUUAAUUAUUA